AUGCAAGCAAGCGACGUUUUAGGUUUAAGAGAAUUAAUUAUGGGCGAUGACGCCGAUAAUAUUGAAGAACAAAUGGUUUAAAACCCAAACCCUGGUUCAGUAUUAAAACCCUCUGCAAUUGGAGGUGGAGACGAUAAAAAACAAUUGGCAAAGCCUCAUGCCAAAAUAGAAAUAAAGUAGGGCGAAAAGAAUUUUUCAACAAACUAAGCUUAGUUCAUAGAAGACCAAAAGAAGAAGAUUAAUUAAGACUUAUUAUAAGGUCAAAAGAGCGCCACAGUCCCUGAGGAAAAACCUAAAAAGAAAGAAUACACAAAAAAUGAUAUUUGGGUAGAUGAUGAAGUCAAAGAUUUGCCAGUUUUAUAAAAUGAUUCAAGAAAAAGACCAGAAAUCGAAACUAUGUUUAAAUAAAGGGUAGGAACUGAAGAUGUUUAUUUUGGUAUGAACAACAUGGAUCCAACUUCAACCAAGUGUUAAGAAUUAUUAGUUAAAGUUUUUAUGCCAAACACAAGAUUCAAAGAAGUUUAAUUAGAUAUUAACUCAACAGCCAUGGUUGUUUAAUCUCCAGAUUUCUACGUGCAUCACAUUUUCCCAUAUCCCGUUAAAGAUAAAGACGGCAAGGCCUAAUGGAUCACUGAUAAAUGCAUUUUACAAUUAACAUUACCAAUUGUCCGCGAUGAACUUUACUGA